GAAUUGUGACACAUUUCUGUAGGAUAUUGUAAACAAUGCCGCUCCUACCACGAAAUGUUUUUUGGCCUGAUUUUUUGUGAACGUAAUGUACUUUUUAGUUUUGGGAUAUUUUACAACGUUGGGUUUUUCUAUUGGGUAGAUCGCAGAGCGUUUCGGAUGCUGCGGCCGCGCUGUCAUUAGGAUUUUUCAAAUUUUUACGAUGAAAAAAAAAUAAUUUUACUAGCUAAUAUGACUCCGUCGUCGCCAGUCAUAAUAUACCUUCUCAUGAGUGUGGUGUCAGCGAACGACGACAACGCGUAUUGCGCAGUCAGAUAUUCCCGCCUUUGCCAGGAGAAGGGACUGCAUAUCGGCUGUCAAUAUCCCGAUCCCGGGCCAGGGGAAUCUUGUGAAAAAUACACAAAAAUAGCAUUCACUGAUGAUCUGAAGAAUUUCAUCCUAAAUUACAUAAACAGGCGCCGACAGAAAAUAGCGGCGGGCCACGAGAAGGUGCGCGGAGGGCUGCCCAUACCCAAGCCUGACAUUAUGAUGUAUGUCGAGUGGGACCGAGAGUUGGCACACCUGGCUCAAAGACUCGCAGAUCAAUGCAGAUUUGUGCACGACGAAUGCAGAGCAACAGUGCGUUACCCGUAUCCCGGUCAGACAGUCGGCGAAGUGAGGUGGCGUCGGUCACACGACUCCGAUCAGAUCACAGCCCAGAAAGCCAUUAGGAAGGUGUUCGACGCGUGGUGGGGGGAGAAACGGAGAGUACAGCCACAACAGUUGACCACUCCUUUCAGAGUCACUCCCAAGGGCACAGUGUGGGGUCACUUCAGCCAACUGGCGAUCUGGAAGCUUCGCGCCAUUGGCUGCGGUGCGGUGCACCACGGCCCCCCGCACCCCCGCCUGCUCCUCGUCUGCGACUACUCCCACACCAACAUGCUGGGCCAGAAGACCAUAUCGGCCGGACCUUUGGCCACAUGCCCGCCGCACACGACCAGACUGCCAAGGUCGCAGUUUCCACUGCUUUGUACUACGAUAAAAUACCCGAGAAAGCUUCAAGAUCUAGAUUCGUUAUACGACUACGAGAAUCAAGACUCAAGGGAAUCAAAGGAGCAAUCUCUUCAGGAAGAAGACGAGAGAUUCCCGCCUUUGCCUGAGGAAGAUCCUUACAAAGAGAGGCCUCAGCAGAAUAUUGAUGAGAAUGAAAUGUCACAUUAUGAUCAUAAAAAAUCCACGACAUCGGUUGAAGGUUUGAACGAUAUCAGGUCGAGAAAUCAAAUCAAAAUAUUUUACGGCCCUUACGAGCCAACAAAGACUACAACUAAACGAACUCACGACCCUUCUGAGUACGAAGAAAGGAAAUACGUAGAAGACAGAGUUAACAACGGGCAUAGCGGGAACUUUUACGAGAAACGACCGCAAAAUAGUGAAGAUUACUCAGUGAUUCCCCUGAGAAGCCGGCCGUGGGGCAACGAUGUGGAGUCCCCGCCCUGGCGGCCGCAGAUGUUCAGACGGACCAGCACCACUCUCUCCGAGUACGAGACCAGUAUUGUAUAUAUACCGAAAACCAAGAACCGAACAAAAAUUACCGAAGCCCAAUCUAAAACAUCUGAUGAGAUCCACGUCAGACGUCAACAUAAAGACAGCAGAAGAAUUCAGCUUGACAUCGCGGUUCGCGAGAAGGCCUCCACGCGUUCCAAUCGAAGACCAUUAGCUCCAUCACUGAAGUUAGACAAGGAGGAUAUAGAACAGUUGUUCAAAGAUACAGGCUUCAAACCUAACUGGACACCGACAGUGUAAUUUUUCUAGCAUAUUAUAUAUUUACACGUUA